GCUGAACAAUUGGUCCACUGGUGGGUUGGCGAAGGCCUUAUCAAGAGCCAGAAUUCAAAAACUGCAAUGGAUUUGGGGUAUGAAUGUUUAGCAGACUUAGCUGGGAGAUGCUUGGUUGAAGUAGUACGGAGGCGUGGUUAUGAUGGAAAAGUCCACAGUUGUAAAAUGCACGAUCUUGUGCGGGAUUUAACCAUUAAAAUUGCAGGAGAAGAAGAACUUUGCAGUUUCGAAAGUCGAGGCAAGCAACGACAAUUAAUAAUGCAAGAUUCACGCUGGUUGGGUAUCACAGAUGAAAAUAUUUCAAUGAAAAUAUUUCAAUAUCAUCAUUGAGUCAAUGUUCAAAAUUAAGGGCAAUUCUAUUGAUGUCUAGCUUAAGCAUUUCAUCAAACAUGCCUAUCUCCCUGAGUUCCCUUAGAGUUUUGGAUCUCUCCAAUGGCAAGCUAGAUGACAAAUCUGUGGAGAAUCUGUUCAAAUGGAUCAUUUUACUCAAACGCUUGGCACAUCUCAAUCUAAGCGGGGCUCCUGGUCUCAAAAACGUUCCCCGCAUUCGAAAACUCCGAAACCUUCAGCUUUUGGUUUUGAGUGGAUGCAGUAAUUUAGUAAGUCUAAACGAUUCAUCCAUCAUUUAUUUGAAGAAGCUCUUGAUUUUGGACUUGGGAUCCUGCGAUAGUCUUAUGUUCUUACCGCAAGGAAUCGGAAGGCUAACAAAACUUGAAGAAUUGUCUGGAUUCAAGUUGCAUCGACGAGAAAAUUCACAAAGUUGUGGCCUUCUUGAGCUUCAAAACCUAGUCCAACUAAGAGUACUGCGAAUUAAGUUAAGUGAUGAGAGCGAAAUCUUGGACAAUGAGUGGGAGGCUUUAUCAAGACUUGAGAAACUCCAGGUUUUAGCCAUUGAUACUGAAAAUACUAAAGAACCAACAAAUCUGCAAAAGCUAGAUCGGCUUAAACCUCCUCCAGGUCUUGAACAAGUUUAUCUUAGGCACUAUCGUCGUAACCAUCUACCAGAAUGGAUUAACCCCAAAACACUUUCUAAGUUGCAGUAUUUGUCCAUUGAGUUUGGAGACAUAAAACACAUUUGCCCAAAUCUUGAACUUCGUGAAGAGAAAUGGAAACUCGUGGGUUUGUGCUUGAAGUUCCUGCCACUCUUCGAGGAUGACUGGAAAAAAUUAAAGCAGAUUAUGCCUUCUUUAUGUGAUGUUGAGGUUAGCAAUUGUCCCAGUUUGAAAAAUCCACCGUAUGAGGACAAGAGCUGGACUUCGAGAAACCUACUAACAUAAUAUAUAGAUAUUUGCAAAGAUUAUAUAAAAAGUGGUCUGCUUGACCCCAAA